AUGGACCACAUCCGCAGCCACGGCUCCUCCUCCUCCUCCAACUCCUCCAGGGAGGACGUUGAGAAAAUGGAGGUUAGCCAGCAUGUCGAGGAAAAGCCAGUCCCUGUUCAGAAUGGAGACGGACACACCCUGGCUAGAAAGCUCAAGAGUCGGCAUAUGCAGAUGAUCGCCAUUGGCGGCUCGAUUGGUGCUGGUCUCUUCGUGGGAAGCGGUUCGGCUCUGCGUAGUGGCGGACCGGCCAGCCUCCUCAUUGGCUUUAUGAUUACAGGCGUCAUGAUGCUAUGCACAAUGCAAGCCCUCGGCGAGAUGACCGUUCUCUACCCUGUCAACGGUGCAUUCUAUUCGUACGCUGUACGCUUUAUCGAUCGCUCCUGGGGCUUUGCCAUGGGCUGGGAAUACGCUCUUGGCUGGUUGACGGUGCUGCCCUUCGAACUGACCGCGGCCUCCAUCACCAUCGAGUUCUGGCGGGAUGACAUCCACGUUGCCAUUUGGGUGGCUGCAUUCCUUGCACUGCUGUGUUUCAUCCAGAUCUUCGGCGUGCGUGGAUAUGGAGAGGUGGAAUUCGUCCUGUCCUGCAUCAAGAUAUGUGCUUGUAUCGGAUUCAUCAUUUUCGGCAUCGUGGUCAAUGUCGGCGGCGUCCCCACUGACGACAGAGGGUACAUUGGCGCCAGGUACUGGCAUGAUCCUGGUGCGUUUCGCAACGGCUUCAAGGGCUUCUGCUCCGUCUUUGUCACGGCAGCUUUCGCUUUUGGUGGCACUGAACUCGUUGGCCUGGCAGCCGCAGAAGCCGCCAAUCCCGCAAAGUCGCUCCCGACCGCCACCAAGCAAGUGUUCUGGCGUAUCGCCUUCUUUUACAUCGUCACCCUCUUCAUCCUCGGAUUGAUCCUACCUUCAAACGACGACCGUCUGCUCGGAGCCAGCGGAGCGAACACAAAAGCUUCUCCAUUUGUCUUGGCAAUCAAAACGGCCGGGGUGAAAGGGCUUCCCUCAGUGUUCAACGCCGUCAUCACAAUUUCCGUCAUCAGUGUGGCCAACUCCUGCACUUAUGCCAGCUCACGUACCAUGCAGGCCCUUGCCGCCAACGGUAUGGGCCCACAGUUCCUCCGCUACAUUGACAAGAAAGGCCGCCCUAUAUGGUGUAUCAUCGUGCAGCUGCUGUUCGGCUGUAUUGCUUUCAUCGGAGAGGCCAACGCGUCAGGGGAAAUCUUCACGUGGUUGUUGGCCUUGACUGCCCUGUCGUUUUUCUUUGCCUGGACCAGUAUCAACCUGUCGCACAUUCGCUUCCGUGCAGGCUGGAAGCACCAUGGGUUUUCGACCGCUCAGCUUCCCUACCGCGCUGCAUUCGGCGUGUACGGUUCGUACCUGGGAUUCUUCCUCAACUGCAUUGCGAUUGUUGCGACCUUUUAUGUCAGCUUGUUCCCACUCGGAGGGAAACCCAACGCCAAAAUCUUUUUCCAAAAUUACCUGGCCGCCCCGAUCGUUCUAUUUUUCUAUAUCUUCUGGAAGCUUUACAGCAGAGACUGGAGUUUGUUCAUCCGAGCCAGGGAUAUGGACGUCACGACCGGUCUGAGACCUGGCUGGGACCAAUUGGCCAACGAGGCUGAGAACCGGCAACCGUUGUGGAGGCGUGCACUCCACUCUUUCAUCUAG